UUCCAGAUCCGUUUUAAGACCAGAAGUACAAAACAAAACAAAACAAAGAAACUCGAAAUCUCCAUUAAAAGAGCCAUAGAUAUUAAAAAAGAAACAAAACGGCAAAAAAGUGAAGCGAAACACGACACGGAUUCACACAAUACUCAGAUAUACACAAAAAGGAUUUUGAUUGAGAACCAAAAAUAAAAAAAAGUUUCUUUUUUUUUUCUUUGUUUUGAUUUUUGGGUUGUUGGCUCUUUUUUUUGCCCUUUUUCUGUUUAUUAAUUUUGGGGAUCGAUGUCGGAAAAGGAAGAAGCUCCGUCGACAUCGAAGUCUGCCGGAGCUCCGUCGCGUCCGACUUUAUCUCUUCCUCCACGGCCGUUUAGUGAGAUGUUCUUUAACGGUGGCGUUGGAUUUAGUCCUGGUCCGAUGACUUUGGUCUCUAAUAUGUUCCCUGAUUCCGAUGAGUUUAGGUCUUUCUCUCAGCUCCUUGCUGGAGCCAUGACUUCUCCGGCGACUGCAACUGCUGCGACGGCUAGUGAUUACCAGAGAAUUAGUGAAGGGACUAAUAGCUCGAGUGGUGAUGUUGACCCGAGAUUCAAGCAGAACAGACCAACCGGUUUGAUGAUUUCUCAAUCUCAAUCGCCGUCGAUGUUCACCGUACCGCCUGGUUUAAGUCCGGCCAUGUUGAUGGAUUCACCAAGCUUUUUGGGUCUUUUCUCUCCCGUUCAGGGAGCAUAUGGAAUGACUCAUCAGCAAGCUCUAGCUCAAGUCACUGCUCAAGCAGUUCAAGCCAAUGCCAAUAUGCAACCACAAACCGAGUACCCUCCUUCCUCUCAAGUUCAAUCAUUUUCAUCGGGUCAAGCUCAGAUCCCGACCUCGGCUCCACUACCAGCUCAAAGAGAAACCUCAGAUGUGACCAUCAUCGAGCACAGGUCACAACAGCCUCUAAAUGUUGACAAACCAGCUGAUGAUGGCUAUAACUGGCGAAAAUACGGGCAAAAGCAAGUUAAAGGCAGCGAGUUUCCUCGAAGCUAUUACAAGUGUACUAAUCCAGGAUGUCCUGUCAAGAAGAAGGUUGAGAGAUCUCUUGAUGGACAAGUAACGGAAAUCAUCUACAAAGGUCAGCACAAUCAUGAACCUCCUCAAAACACUAAACGAGGAAACAAAGAUAACACCGCGAAUCUUAAUGGGAGUUCGGUAAAUAACAAUCGCGGGAGUUCUGAAUUGGGGGUGUCACAGUUUCAAACUAAUAGCUCCAACAAGACUAAGAGAGAGCAACAUGAAGCAGCAAGUCAAGCUACGACAACAGAGCACUUGUCUGAGGCAAGUGACAGUGAAGAAGUUGGUAAUGGAGAAACUGAUGUGAGAGAGAAAGAUGAGAAUGAGCCUGAUCCCAAGAGAAGAAGUACAGAAGUUCGGGUUUCAGAACCAGCUCCUGCUGCUUCACAUAGAACCGUGACAGAGCCUAGAAUUAUUGUCCAAACGACGAGUGAAGUUGAUCUUCUAGAUGAUGGAUAUAGGUGGCGCAAAUAUGGACAGAAAGUUGUCAAAGGGAAUCCUUAUCCGAGGAGCUACUACAAGUGCACAACAGCAGGAUGUGGUGUGAGGAAACAUGUAGAGAGAGCAGCAACAGAUCCAAAAGCUGUAGUAACAACAUAUGAAGGAAAACAUAACCAUGACCUUCCAGCAGCUAAAUCAAGCAGCCAUGCCGCUGCAGCGGCACAGUUAAGGUCAGAUAAUCGACCUGGCGGUUUGGCUAACUUAAAUCAACAGCAGCAGCAGCAGCCCGUUGCACGUCUAAGGCUGAAAGAAGAGCAAACAACUUGAGAGAAGAGAACUCUGACCUUUGUUUUUUCAUUAUAAAGGUCUCAAAUUCCACUCAUACACUUGUCUGAGAAAUCUAGCAGUUUGCAGGAAAGUAAGAGCUUCAGAAGGAGUUGUUGUUCUUCUAUGUCUUGUGUAAAACUUAAAAAGCUUUUUAGGUUUACAGAUUUCUGUUUACUAAAAUGUGAAUUCUUUUGUACAUGAGGAAGAGAAUUACAGGGGGAUAUUUUGUGUUGUAUCUUUUGUGUUAUUGUUUCAGAAAAAGAUAGGUUUUACAUUUUGUGUAUGAAAAUGAAAGUAUUUGUUGUAAUAUCAAACUGUUUUCUUUUGUUUAUUAUUAUUUUAUA